UCGCCGCCCUCCCUUCCUCCGCCCGCAGCGCAGGCGCGGCCGUCCCCCCGCUGCCCGUAGGUGUCCGGCUCUGAUCCCGGUGCAGUGGCUGUUGCUGCGCUGGUCCCGGCGGCGCCCCGGGGAGACGGCAUGGAGGAGAGCCCGGGGCAGCCGGUAGGGAGCGAUGAGCCGCGAGGAGCGGGCGAAGAAGGUGCGGAGGCGGUGGUGAAUCCGCAGACCUCGCUGAGCCCCAACGGGGCGGCGGAGCUCUCCGAUGUGUCCUCCGAAGGAGGAGGGGGUACCGGCGGGCAAGAGGCGGCCGCUGUGCCCAGUGAGGGGGGUGAUGAAGAGCCCGGAGGGGCAGCGGAAAGUCCAGGAACGGGGCAACAGGAGGCAGAGCUGCCGGGACUCGGCAGGGACGGCGCAGCUCUGCACGGAGGGGAACCGGCGGCGGCCGAGGGAGCGGACUCCGAGCCGACGGGGGUAGAGCCCGAGCAGACGGCAGGGAAAGUGGCCCCGGUGGGAACAGAGUCCGAAGAGGCGGCGGUGGCCCCGGCGGUGGUAGAGCCCGAAGAGUUGACAGUGACAGGUCCGUCAGGGUCAGACCCCGAGGGUGUGGUGCAGGAGGUGAACGCGGUGGGAGCAGAACCUGAAGAGGCGGUGCGGGAUGAAGCCCCGUCGGGGACGGUCCCCGAGGAAGCCCCGUCCGAGACGGUACCCGAGGAAGCUAUAAGAGAGGAAGCCCCGUCCGGGGCAGUCCUCGAGGAGCCAGCGAGAGAAGCCCCAUCCGGGACGGUCCCCGAGGAAGCAGUGGGAGAGGAAGCCCCGUCCGGGACAGUCCUCGAGGAGGCAGCGAUAGAAGAAGCUCCGUCAAGGCCAAGCCCCGAAGAGGUACUGAGGAAUGAAACCUCAUCCGAGACGGACCCCGUGGAGGCUAUAAGAGAGGAAGCCCUACCGGGGACGGAACCCGAGGAGGCUAUGAGAGAGGAAGCUCCGUCGGGGCUAAGGCCCGAGGAGGGAGCGAGAGAGGAAGCCCCGUCGGGGACGGAACCCGAAGAGGAGAUGGGGGAAGAAGCCCGGGCAGGGACGGACCCCGAGGACGCUGUGCAGGAAGAAGUCCCGUCGGCACCGAGCCCCGAGGAAGAAGCAGUAAUAGUGGAAACCCCGUCGGGGGCAGAACUUGAGAAGGAGGAUGAAGAGGCCCUAGCCGGAGACGAAGAGGCUCCCCAGCGCCCCGGGGUUGCAGAGGACGCGGUGCCGCCUCCAGGGGAGACCGAUGGCGGCCAGCAGUCGCCGGCAGGUCCCGAAGGGGACGACGGAGCCGAGGUUCUGCCGGGGGCUGAGCGAGGAGCCGGCACCGGGGAGCCGGCGGGGGCCGGAGAGGAGAGCGCGGCCUCGGGGGGAGGAGGCGCGGCGGGGCGGCCCGGAGGGUGGCCGGGUCCCGAGGGCGGAGAAUGGGAGUCGGCGGGCCUGAGCCUGAACGGGGUGCGAGGCCCGGCGGAGGACGAGGAGGACGAGACAGGCUCGCCAGCUGCGCUGGAGGAUGAGGAGGAGAAGCAGGAGUACGACAUCUCGCUCUUCGUCAAGGCUGGCAGUGAUGGAGAAAGUAUUGGAAACUGCCCGUUCUCGCAACGUCUCUUUAUGAUCCUGUGGCUAAAGGGCGUCAUAUUUAAUGUCACAACUGUGGACUUGAAAAGAAAACCUGCUGACCUGCAGAACCUGGCCCCAGGGACGAACCCACCCUUCAUGACAUUUGAUGGCGAAGUAAAAACUGAUGUCAAUAAGAUUGAGGAGUUCUUAGAAGAAAAACUAGCGCCGCCCCGGUAUCCCAAACUUGCACCGAAGCACCCUGAGUCUAACUCUGCAGGAAACGAUGUGUUUGCAAAAUUCUCUGCAUUCAUAAAGAACCCAAGAAAAGAUGCUAAUGAAAAUCUGGAAAAAGCUUUGCUUAAAGCCCUGAGGAAGCUGGACAACUAUUUAAAUAGUCCUUUGCCUGAUGAAAUCGAUGCUUACAGCACUGAGGAGAUCACUGUGUCCUGCCGGAAAUUCCUGGAUGGAGAUGAGCUCACCUUAGCAGAUUGCAACCUCCUACCAAAGCUCCACAUAAUUAAGGUUGUUGCAAAGAAAUACAGGAAUUUCGAUUUCCCACCUGAAAUGACGGGGAUUUCAAGAUACCUGAGUAAUGCUUAUGCAAGAGAUGAAUUUACAAACACUUGUCCUGCUGAUCAAGAAAUCGAAUACGCAUAUUUGGAUGUGGCAAAGAGAAUGAAGUAAACAGAAGAUGUUUCCCUUCUUUAUUGCAUCUGAGAUUUUAUGGGCACCAGCCAAUAUGGAAACAAAACAAAAAAGCCAGAAUGCAUUCUGCAGUGUAACUUUAAGUUCUGUUAUUGGCCAAUCCUUCUUUUGUAAUAAUUGUGUAGCAUUGUUUGCUCAUUUUUAAAUGAUGUGUCUAUGUGUGUGUCUGUACAGAUGUACGCACACAUGAUUGUGUGUUAUGCACUCCAAGUUGAAGGCAUCAGUCGGUGCUCAGGCUUUUGCUGAAGUUAGGGAAACAGCAUAGGUCACACAAUUAGGGCGAUAUGACAGUCUAGUGACAUGCUAAAUGACUGAAUUUUGCAAAGAAAUAACCCCGUUCCUAACACACAUGUAACCUGUCAUUACUGCUGCCUCUGAUCUGUGUUUCACAGCUGUUGCCAAAUUUCGCAGUUCCCAGGAAGGUUUCUGCUUGCUUCUCCCCAGGCCCCGGUGGCCCCACGCCAACAGCUGGCACGCACACAGCAGCCUGGUUAAUCCAGGAGAGAAGCCAGCCUGGAGGUGGGACCACACCUGGCUUCCCAGAAGCCCUCUCCUCUGUGCUAGAGACCUGCAGGGCAGGUCAGCAAAGAACAGCUUGUCCUUACAUUGCAUGAACUGUCUUUGGUAUGAAAGAAAGUCAUUUAGGAAGAUCCCGCCUUCUCCUCUCUCAGGGCUGCGUAACCCAUCCAGCUUCCUCCAGACAAAGAGAGGAACACAAACUGUCACUGGCAUGUGGAUUAUCUGCUAAUAAAUAUCUGACAAGGGAGGAGGCAGAGGCUUGGUUGUCACUGCAGACUCAAUAAAUGAGUGAACAUCUGCCCCCCGCUACUGGUGCAGGAUCCUCCUCUGUCAUCCUUUUGUGACCCCCAUUUGGUUUUGGAAAGUGAAGAGGAGGGUCUAAGAAAGAAGUAGUGCUUUUUUUUGCUUCCUUUUCUGGAUUUAGCUGCAGGGUUUGGAUUUUUCCAAGCAGCCACAAGGACUUCUUUGUCCUGAGAGCUUUCCAAAUGUCCAGGUGUUGUCCCACUGAGGACAACAGAGGCAUAGCUCCUGUCUGAGGUGGGGGAUGGAUGAGAUGAACCGCUCCAGGCUGGCAUGACCCUGUAUUCAGGGAGUCAGUGCUACUAAAAGGUAUUCAUGGAACGUGCUGUUGGAGAUGCGUCACCUCUUAAAAGUCACAUCCAUGGCUGCUGCUUGCUGAGCAGGCCCUCAGCAAGCACCUAGGAACAGAGGGUGCAGCUCUUUAGUCAUAGGGGCACCUGGAAGUUUUCUUCCGAUGCGUUUUGCCUGUAUGUACAAAAUAGACAUGGAAACAGCUAAAAGUAGCUUUUUUAGCACCUACAUCCCACAAAGACCGAUACAGAAUAGCCAUUCGUCUUUGCCCGAGUCAAACAUAGGCUUGCUUUCUAACAAUGCAUUUCUUAGGGUACAUGGUGUCUGCGUGGCUUCCUCUUACACACUACACGGUUCUUUUGCAAAUGUCCUAGCGUGAUUAUUUGUAAGCAAUGUCAGACACAUGAUUUUAUUUUCUCUAGCAUCUCUACGGAGAAAACAGGCACAACGCCUUUCCCUUCCAACCUCAGCUGUGAAGUUAUGCACUGGGGUUGGUAGCUGAGCUGUCACUUGUCGUUUCUUACUAACUGUUACUCUGUAUUUUUAAAUGCGUACAUGAAUAUAUAAUAAUAUAUGAAAUAAAAAUCUGCAUACUCUUUUCAUAUGCCUUACAAAUUUAAAUAGAAAAUAUACAAAUCCGUAAGUAA